AUUCUUUCUAAUUUUCUGCUUCAAAAUUGUGAUUCUUUUUCAAAGAGGGAAUGAGAAUGGCAAUGGCAGGAUCAUUGUUGAAAUCAUCAUGUUCGUGCUCAUGGGUUAGAGUGUUAGGAGUUUCAAGAACAAGUAGUGGUGCAGCAGCUGCUAUACUUCAUGCAUCAUAUCCAUUUCCACUUCCAACCGUUGCCUUGAAAAUACAAAGAAAAAGUAGCUUAACCAAGUGGAGGUGGUCUCAACAGCAACCACAGUUGCCAGAAGACAGGAAGAGCUAUGCCUUCUUCUUCAUACGGAGCUCUAAAUAUGGUAGCAGUAGUAUUAGCACUGAUGGCGGGAAGGGAUAUCUGGAAUCUACGGACCAAGAGUUGUUGAGCCAGUGUGAAAUGGGUACUUUCAAGACGUCAGGGCCGGGGGGUCAGCACCGGAACAAGCGAGAGUCUGCAGUACGUCUCAAGCACCUCCCAACUGGUAUCAUUGCGCAGGCGUCUGAAGACCGGUCCCAGCACAUGAAUCGUGCCUCAGCAUUGUCUCGCCUGCGCACUCUUAUAGCUCUCAGAGUCAGGAACCUUGUGGAUCUCGAUGGUUAUUCCCCUCCCCGUGAGCUUCUUCAAAUUCUUCCCAAAUCAUCUUCCAUAAGAACAUCAGAUAUAGGUAACCAAAUUGGACCCAACAAUGCGAAAUUUGUUUUCGGAAUGCAAGCUCUGUUGGAUCUACUUUAUGCAGUUGAUGGUUCUGUCUCAGAGGCAGCAAAGUAUCUGGGGUUAAGCACAGGUGCCCUCUCUCGGUUAAUACUCUCUGAUGAUUCUCUCCGAUUGGCAGUCAAUGAGCUUAGGGCUUCUAAGGACAUGAAGCCUCUGAGGUAGAAUUUGUCAGAUGCAGGUUUGUGGAACCACUGUAUUCUGACAUUGUGAAGCAGCACAGAUAUCCUUUUUGUCAGAUAAGAUGCAUACAUUGCUUUUGAGUUUUGACAGACAUUACACCAUCAGCAUAGAUUCAAUACAGCAAGCUAGAAGAAAGCCUUUCUUAGCUGUAGCAUCUGACUCUAGCUAGUCUAGAGGUUCUAAAGUCUAGGAACCGGGGUAGGCCAACAUGGGAGCGAAAAUGGUUGCAGAAUUCCUAGUUAUGCCCAAUAAUGUUAAUUUGUGUUGUCAUCUCUAACGUUCUGCGUCGGAGGUAGCACUUGCUAAUGUCUUGACCAUCUCUUAAAUUCACGGUAUCUUCAUUGUUUUGGUCGAAAGCUAUCAUUGAAAUCGGGUAAGGUCUGUUCACCUGAAUAUCUUUGCAAGUUAAUGGGGGAACUUUGUUGACUGUCUUUUUAAAUUUGCCUUUGCUGUCUUCCACAACUUGUUUCAACUCCCAAACUCUAUACCUGCUGACCGUCAGUGCCAUGGAGGAAUUCAAGAGUUCCGCACAACCGUAGACUCCCUCUGCUCACAUGUACAAUAUUACUGGUAGUCUGUUACUACUGGUGGAUAUGGAUAUCCAACUAAAUGAAGAAAGUGGCAAAUGAAGAAACUAGUCGGGAGCUCAAUACAUUUAACUCUGCAUUCAUGGGUCUCAGAAGAGAAGAUCUCCACAUUGAAGUUUGGAUACAAGUCAUCUGACAAAGUCGGAACCAAUCCCAUAACCUUCCGCGCAUACUUGGCAUCAAGGAUGAACGAACUUGUACUAGUAGCACCAGCUUGUUCUUCUUUUCAAUCAGAAUCACCAUCAGAGUACUUAUAGAAUGGUUUGCAGACAAAGGCGACGAGUACUUGACAGUAGGUGGAGGAAGAGCAGCCCAUUGUUGGCUCGUUGACCUUUUUGACGUCCAUCUUUUUAACCUCAUUUUAUCAGCAGCAGCAGUUCUCAUUGCAGAUGCAGUAACAAAACUCUAGUUAGGGAAG